AUGUGACUUGAGAAUGGGAUGAUCGAACGAUGUGUAAUUGGUCCACGUUCCCCACGGGCCCUGGAGGCGCGUGGACUCCAUGCCCUCUUUUGAUAGUUACCAAAUAAGUUUAUUUUUCUUUGUCACCCUCUUCUCCUCUCUUCUCUGCAAACAACCUUCAAAUUUCCUUUUGCUUCUUACCAAAAAGAAACCUUCCUGGAAGCUUCUCUCUUUGCACUUCCAUGAUUUGAUCUCCGCCGUGGAUAUGAUGGAACUUGCUCCUCUUUCCUUUUCUGAUUAAUAUUAUUUUUUAUAUUUAACUGGAGAGAGAGAGAGUCAUCCUUCUUCAUUUUUUGAUACCUGGAUUCGAGACAUGAGAUGAGGCCGAUGCAACUGCCACCGCCUUCCGGUUCCGGGGCCAACCCUGCCCCCACCAACAACAGCAAGGACCGUCCCCAGCGCCGCCGCAAGGACCUCACGCUGCCGCUGCCGCAGCGGGACACCAACUUGGCGGUGCCGCUUCCUCUGCCCCCAUCGACGGCUUCUGCUGCGGCGGCGCAGCAGGUGAUCCCGUUCUCGGAGCUGGAGAGACUGAACCGCAUCGGGAGCGGGAGCGGCGGGACGGUGUACAAGGUGGUCCACCGCACCAGCGGGCGCGUGUACGCGCUGAAGGUGAUAUACGGUCACCACGAGGAGUCCGUGCGGCGGCAGAUCCACCGGGAAAUCCAGAUCCUCCGUGACGUGAACGAUCCGAACGUGGUGAAGUGCCACGAGAUGUACGAUCAGAACAGCGAAAUCCAGGUGCUGCUGGAGUUCAUGGACGGAGGGUCACUGGAGGGGAAACACAUCCCGCAGGAGCAGCAGCUGGCAGAUCUGUCUCGGCAGAUUCUGCGGGGGCUGGCGUACCUACACCGGCGGCACAUCGUGCACAGGGACAUCAAGCCCUCGAAUCUGCUGAUAAACUCGCGGAAGCAGGUGAAGAUCGCUGACUUCGGGGUGGGUCGGAUUCUGAAUCAGACGAUGGAUCCGUGCAAUUCAUCGGUGGGGACGAUCGCCUACAUGAGUCCGGAGAGGAUCAAUACGGACAUAAACGACGGGCAAUACGACGCUUACGCGGGGGACAUAUGGAGCUUUGGGGUUAGCAUAUUGGAGUUCUACAUGGGAAGGUUCCCCUUCGCUGUAGGGAGGCAGGGCGAUUGGGCCAGUCUAAUGUGCGCCAUUUGUAUGUCUCAGCCUCCAGAGGCUCCUCCUUCUGCUUCACCUCACUUCAAGGAUUUCAUCCUCCGCUGUUUGCAGCGCGAUCCCUCUCGCCGCUGGUCUGCUUCCAGGCUCCUCGAACACCCCUUCAUUGCUCCACCGCUGCCCAACCAUAAUCAGACUCCUCCCAACCUCCAUCAGCUACUCCCUCCCCCGCCAAGGCCUCUUCCUUCCUAGUAUUCUCCAUCCAUGCCUAGCUAGCCCUGUUUGCUGCUUUUUUUUAUUUUUAUUUUUAUUUUCCAUACAUAAUCAAAUCUCUAUAAUAUUGGAUUUUCUGCCAUACAUUACAUGCCCUGUUUGUUUUGCCAUGCUUUUCUUAUACUAUUAUCAUCUUUUUCUUUUUCUAA